AUGCGUUUCUCAACUGCUGUCUCGCUGGCUCUGGCGGCCAGCCCGGCUGCCGUCCUUGGUGCCGGCAACCUAGGAUUCUCCCUGGGCGUGAAGAAGCCCGAUGGAUCUUGCAAGCAGCAGGUCGACUUCGAGAUGGACUUUGACGUCCUCAAGGCCCACGGCAAGACUGUUAGAACAUACGCGGCUGCUGACUGCGAUAACACCGUCCACCUCAUCCCAGCUGCUAAGAAGAAGGGCUUCAAGGUUGUUCUCGGCGUCUGGCCUGAUGUCCCCGAGUCGUUCGAGGCCGAUACGAAGGCUCUGCAGAAGGCUGUCCCCGGUAACGAAGACGUUAUCACUGCCAUCACUGUUGGCUCCGAGACUCUCUACCGCGGCAACUUCACCGGCAAGGAGCUGCUCGGCAAGAUCAACCAGGUCAAGAAACUCUUCCCUAAAGUCAAGGUCGGCACUGCAGACAGCUGGAACAAGUACGCCGAUGGCACUGCUGAUGAUCUCAUCAGAGGCGGCGUUGAUUACUUCUUGGUUAACGCCUUCGCCUUCUGGCAGGGCAAGGCCAUCGAGGAGGCCCCCAAGACUUACUUCGACGAUAUGUUCCAGGCCGCAAAGCACAUCCGUGAAAUUGCUGGCACCGGAAAGGACAUCUACAUUGCCACCGGUGAAACUGGCUGGCCUUCCGACGGCGGUACCGACUACGGCGCGGCAAAGGCUGGCACCAAGAACGCUGACAAGUUCUUCCACAGUGGCGUCUGCCCGAUGCUCACCUACGGCUAUGACGUCUUCUUCUUUGAGGCUUUUGACGAGCCAUGGAAGCCCAAGAGCACUGGUGACAACGGCAAUGCCGCUGACGAGACCCAUUGGGGCAUGUACACUGCCGACCGCAAGGCCAAGUACAGCGUCGACUGCAACGCAAAGAAGAACUAG